AUGUUUAUUACUUCUAGGGGGAGGUCCCAGUUGGAGUGGAAGCAGAUUUGAUUGAUGUGGAUAAUGGUGAUAAAAAGGGUGGCCCUGGAGGGGGAGGUGGUGGAGGAUUUACAGCACCUACUGCAGGCAGUAUGCCUAUGCCAAUGCCAAUGCCAACACCAUCUAUACCAUUUUCAUACCCACCAAGGAAAGGACCAGAUAACCAUCUGCCAGUGGACACUUACCAGCCAUUCAACAACUUCCAGCCACCUAACAUGGGGGGUAACCCACCCCCAAUACCAACGCAACCACCAACAUAUGAAUCUAUAGAUGAUGUCAACAAUACUGACACUCAUUUGCCUUCUCCCAAGCUUCCUGGUCCUUCAGUCCCAAUACCGGCACCUCGACAGUUGCCAGGACCUGCUGCUACUCCAAGCAACUUUGUUUAUGAUAACGUGACAAUACCCGAAUUGCCCUCUGUGCCUGACACCCUACCAACAGCAUCUGUCGGUGGCACUUCCACAGCUUCAGAAGAUAUUGAUUUUGAUGAUCUGUCUCGUAGAUUUGAGGACUUGAAGAAGAAAACUUAAUUUACUGAUCAAUAAUGUUGUACUUUAAUUUUCAUGGGGUAAUUCUAAAUUCACUGGUGUAUUUCUGCAAGAAAUUGUAAGCUUUAUAAUGAACCAGAUGCUAUGUAUACUGGUAUAUUAACACUCCUUUGUUAAAAUAUUAUUUGGGUUUCUCUUGAUAGUUGGUAUACUGUACUUGCAGAUAAUAUUCUGAUCCUGUCCCUGGUUAUAUUUAUGGGGAAGGGAGUUCUGGCAAAACAUAGGGUUUAUGGUUGAACAUGGAUUCAAAUCCAGUUUUGGCAAUGACUCGUCGACAUUCUAAUUUGAGUCUGAUUUUCUUUCUCUCUUGAUGCUCCAAAUAAUCAGGGACGACAGGUGGAGUUGAAAGAAUAAACAGUAUGUUACAUAGUCAGAUUGCAUGUGAUUUGAGACUAAUGUAAGAGAAAUAGUUUCCUUGACAAAAUGCAAUUGUCAGUUGGUAACACUCAGUAAAGGGGUAAAUUGUUUUCAGUUGGUCUUUGAUGAAGUAUCUUGUGUAUUCCAAAAAAAGUAACUUGCACCUUCCCAUUCACAGAUGGGAAGUCCGUAUAUUACUUAAAGUCUAAGUUAAAACUCAUCUGUAAUAAAGCUUCUGUAACAUUGUCAUUAUGAUUCAUUCAUGUUCGAAUAAAAUUUGAACUUCUAGUGUA